AUGGCAGCAGCCAGUUCGGCGUUGCGCAAGACAGUUUUCCGCGUGGCAACUGUGACAGGUACAGGGGCUUUGGGCUGGGCGUAUCUGCAGCGCCUUCCAAAAGCACAGGAUGACCAUCGCCUGUCGUGGCGUGAGUGCCUUUUCACGCGACUCUACACCACCUUUGUAGCUCCUGUUGUGAUGCAGACAGACGCGGAGACGGCGCACAACUUGACAUUGCGUGCAGGAGAGCUCCUGCAGGCAUGCCGACUGCUGCUUGAGCCAUCAAGGUCCAAUCUGCCCCUAGAUUGGCUUCUGCGCCCAGCAGCUGCUCAUCCAGCUUCACCUGGGCCUAGCUUGCGGCAAGAGUUGUUUGACGGGCGCCUGGUCUUUGACACGCCAGUGGGCAUCGCAGCUGGAUUUGACAAGAAUGCAUUGCUGGUCCCUUUGUACCGGCUCGGUUUCUUGCAGCUUGGCUUUGCAGAAGUGGGUUCUGUUUCUGCAGAGCCGGCGAUGGGGAAUGACAGGCCAAGAUGCUGGCGUAUCCCCAGUGAUCAGGCUGUCAUAAACUGCAUGGGGCUGAACAACGAGGGCGCUGAGUCUGUUGCAGCCCGCCUCAAGAGCUUCUCGCAUGUGGCUGAUGGCUCCCCGAUUGGGGUCAACAUUGCCAAGACGCACAAUCCUUCUAUUGUCGGCCCUGCCGCCAUUGAGGAUUUUGUCCAAAGCUUCAAAGUGCUAGCCCCCCUUGCUGACUUUGUGGUGCUAAAUGUUUCAUGCCCAAACACCGUGGAGGGAAAGACGUUUGAGGAGCCAUCUGCGCUGGCUGAUCUUCUGAGUGCUGUUGCAAGACAAAAGCAGGCGAUGCAAUGGGAGCGGCCUCCCCCGCCAGUACUGGUCAAGCUCAUGGCCACUCCCGAUUCGGACGCUGGCCGAGCUUGCCAAAGGCAGCUGCUGGCGGUUAUUGAGGAUUCGCAGCUUGUGGAUGGACUGGUCAUCUCGAACACGAUCAAGAAUCCUGAGGCGCCACUGUCCAGGGCAGGCCGAGAAGAAGCGGACCAGAUCGGGAAAGGCGGUGUCAGUGGCAAAGUUAUCCACAGUCGGAGUGUUGCCGCCAUACGGUCAGCUUUUGAAGCCACAGGUGGAAGGCUACCGAUUAUUGGUGUCGGUGGAACAGACAGUGCGGAGGCGGCGUACGAGAAGAUACGGGCAGGAGCCAGUCUGGUCGAGGUCUACACGGGUCUCGUGUACAAAGGGCCCGGCCUGGUCACAGACAUCCAAGCAGGCACCGAAAGCCUACAAACGAUUGCAUCAGUGUGCAGUCUGUCAGGCUUUCCAUCUCUGAGGUCGCAUGUAUUAUGGGGAUUUGCUCCUGACCAGUUUGGGAAGCCUUUGCUUGCUUUUGGUAGUUGCGCCAACCAGCCUGCCAAAGAGUAG